ACACCUGCCUAUGGUGGCUAGAGAAGGGAACAUCACGCUGGGGGGCUUGUUUUCGCUGCAUGAUGCAGUGAUGGAGGCACGGGUCUCUUUCAAGUCUCAGCCUAUAUCUGCUCAGUGCACUGGGUUUAAUUUCAGGACAUUUCGCUGGAUGCAGACAAUGAUUUUUGCCAUCGAAAAGAUAAACAGGGACAAUCAUCUUUUGCCGAACAUCACCCUUGGCUAUAAGAUCUACGACUCAUGCAGUACCCCUCUCAUUGCACUUCGCACAGCUAUGGAGCUAAUGGGGGGGAGAGAGGAGGAGAGUGGAAAUAUGAACUGUCAGGGCAGGGUGCCUGUUGUCAUUGGUGAUGGUGGAUCCACACUUUCGAUGGUGGUUGCACAUUUUCUAGGUGUUUUCCAACUGCCACAGGUCAGCUAUUUCUCAAGUUGUGCAUGUCUGAGUGAUAAGCAUGUAUUCCCAGCAUUUCUAAGGACCAUGCCGAGUGACUUCUUCCAGGUGAAUGCCUUGGCUCAGCUGGUACAACACUUCGGCUGGACUUGGGUGGGAACGGUGGCUGGGGAUGACGCGUAUGGCCGUGGAGGAGCCCAAAUCUUCAAUGACAAGGUGUCCAAACUGGGUGCCUGUAUCGCUCUUUAUGAGAUCAUUCCCAAAAACCAUGCCCCAGCAGAGAUGUCCAGGAUCGUGAAGAGCAUAAGUGUCUCAGGGGCUCGAGUGGUGUUGGUGUUUGCUUUAGAGCAGGAUGCAAAAGCACUAUUCAGUGAGGCUCUCAAACACAAUCUGACUGGUAUCCAGUGGUUAGCCAGUGAGGCCUGGAUCACAGCUGCAAUCCUCACCACAGCAGAAUUUCAGUCCAUUUUGCAAGGCUCCAUGGGUUUUGCCAUUCGCAGGGCUGAAAUCCCUGGUUUGCAACCAUUCCUGCUCCGUCUGCACCCCUCCACAUUCCCUGAUGAUCCUUUUGUUUUGCAGUUCUGGGAAGAGAUUUUUGGAUGCUCUCCUCACACUGCAAUCAAUGGGACAUUCUCAAAUAAACCCCCUUGUAAUGGCUCAGAGAUAUUGGCUAAUGUUAAAAGCAUAUACUCAGAUGUGUCUCAGCUGAGGAUCUCCUAUAAUGUUUAUAAGGGAGUGUAUGCCAUUGCUUAUGCUCUGGAAGCGAUGCUGAAAUGUGUGCCAGAGAAAGGACCCUUCCCUGGGGGUGCUUGCCCUGACACGCGGACCAUAAAUCCAUGGCAGCUUCUGCACUAUUUGAAAAAAGUGGACUUCACUAAUGAGUUUGGUGAAGAAACUAAGUUUGAUGCAAACGGUGAUGCCGUGGCCAUGUAUGACCUGAUCAACUUUCAGCUCUCCGAGACUGGCGAGGUCCGGUAUGCCACUGUGGGCACAUUUGAUGAAACCAAGAGCAUUAAACUGCUCAUAGAGGAAAAUCUAAUUAUCUGGAAUGGUAACCAGAGACAAGUCCCUGUGUCUGUCUGCAGUAACAGCUGUCCCCCAGGCACCAGGAAGGCCAUUAGGCCUAGUUUCCCUGUCUGCUGCUUUGACUGCAUUCUCUGUGCAGCUGGGGAGGUUAGCAAUAAGACAGAUGCCAUAGAGUGUGAAAGGUGUGGACCUGAGUUCUGGUCCAACUUGAAGAGAGAUGCCUGUAUACCAAAGCUGGUGGAGUUCCUGUCCUAUGGUGACAUAAUGGGCAUGGCAUUGCUGGCUGUGGCUUUGCUGGGAUCCGGCACCACGCUUGCUGUUGGCCUCAUUUUCACCUUCAAACGCCACACACCUCUUGUCCGGGCUAACAACUCGGAGCUCAGCUUCCUGAUCCUCAGCUCUCUUUGGUUGUGCUUCCUUUGUGCCCUGGCAUUCAUUGGACAGCCUACUUCCUGGUCAUGCCAGUUACGUCACACGGCUUUUGGCAUUGCCUUCUGUCUCUGCCUGUCUUGUAUUUUGGGAAAGACAAUGGUGGUCCUGAUGGCUUUCAAAGCCACUCUUCCAGGAAGCAAUGCCAUGAAAUGGUUCAGACCACCACAACUGCGUGCUCUGAUCUUCCUGUGUACAGCAGUACAGGUUGGGAUUUGUGGUGCAUGGCUGGGCCUGGCUCCUCCUGUCCCACGUAAACUAAUGACUCGGGAGUCAGCGCACAUCAUCCUGCUGUGUGACAUGGGCUCAACUCUCGCCUUCUCUCUGGUUCUGGGCUACAUUGGCCUGCUGGCUGCAGUCUGCUUCUUGCUUGCCUUCUUUGCCCGGAAGCUUCCAGACAAUUUCAACGAGGCCAAGUUCAUCACUUUCAGCAUGUUGAUAUUUUGUGCGGUUUGGAUUGCCUUUGUUCCAGCGUACGUCAGCUCCCCGGGAAAGUACACAGUAGCUGUAGAGGUUUUUGCCAUCCUGGCUUCCAGUUAUGGCCUUUUGCUGUGUAUCUUUGCCCCAAAGUGUUAUAUAAUCCUGCUCAGACCAGAGAAGAACACAAAGAAGCACCUCAUGGGCAAAACCACGGUAGAUAAAAAAAUUUAG